UAUUUUUUAUGAUCAUCUGUGGUAAAUGUGUUUUUGUGUGACAGGGUCGAUUGGUGGGGGAUGUGGUUGUAGUUAGGACUACUAUUCCUAGCAUGCUUAGUUAUUCUCAUAAGGCAUUGCUGUAACGUGCUCUCCGUGUUCAGAGGUAAACAGAGCUAGAAGCAACACGUCAACACUGUCCAGUGUGGUCAUUACACAGUCGAGGCGUGUGAGUGACUGGCCGUGCAACCUCUUAGGUAUGAGGUGCAGUAAUCCCUCGCCACUUCGCGGUUCACCUAUAGCGGCCUCGGUGCAUCGCGGAUAUUUAUGAAAACAAAAAUAUUGGGACGUCACUCGGAGCGCGGGGAUCUGUCUUACAGCACACGAUUGGCCGGUAGGGUGGGGUCAUUAUGAUUAUUGUGCAUUGCUCGUUUUAUUCUGCUCAUUAAUCGGACUGGAAAUGCUCUUUAGCAUCAUGACUCCGGGCUUCACACUGCAACCUCCAAAGGGCGCUUGUUUACUGGUAAAAAGAGCAAAAAUUAUUUUCUGGUCGUUGAAACCACCAAAAUAUAUAUAUAUAUAUAUACAUGUAUAUAAAAAAUUCAAAAAAAUCAAAGGAGCAGUUUUUUAUCAUGGCAUGAAUUUAAUGAGACCUUUCUGAUAAGGUUUUGGUCAGGUACGUGGCAGACAGGGUUGUUAAACAGUUUCAGCUGCGUUGGUGUUGAUGGGAUUAACAACAGGCACAUUAGAGCGGCAACAACGAGAUGGUCCCCAAAACAAGACUGGUUUUGCAGGUGGCGGCCAUUUCAAGUUCCUCCCUCUUGAUCUUUUUUAACUGUUUUUCCACAAGUGUUGGCUUUAGCGAGAGUCAUUAUCACGACUGGCACCAUGAAGCGAUUUCUUAACCCUUCUGAAGUUGCGCAGAUUGUCCAACUCCUCCAGGAUGGCACAUCUAUGCGUGCUGUUGCAAGAAGAUUUGAUAUGUCUCCCAGUACAAUCUCCAGAGCAUGGAGGAGAUUUCAGGAGAUAGGCAGUUACUCUAGGAGAGCUGGACAGGGCCAUAGACGGUCCUCAUUCCCUCAGCAGGACCGAUAUCUGCCGCUUUGUGCAAGGAGGAACAGGUUGAGCACUGCCUGAGCCCUACAGAAUGACCUCCAGCAGGCUACUGGUGUGAAUGUCUCUGCCCAAACAGUCAGAAACAGACUUCACAAGGGUGGCCUCAGGGCACGACGUCCUGUAGUGUGCCCUGUGCUCGUUGCUCAGCACUGUGGAGCUCGAUUGGCAUUUGCCAUAGAACACCAGAAUUGGCAAGUCCGCCACUGGCGCCCUGUGCUUUUCACAGAUGAGAGCAGGUUUACCCUGAGCACCUGUGAUAGACGUGAAAGGGUCUGGAGAAGCCAAGGAGAGCGCUACGCUGCCCGCAACAUCUUUCAGCAUGACCGGUUCGGUGGUGAGUCAGUGAUGGUCUGGGGAGGCAUUUCCACGGAAGGACGAACAGACCUCUACAGGCUAGAGAACGGCAGUCUGACUGCCAUUAGGUAUCGGGAUGAUCCUUGCAUCCAUGGUCAGACUCUACGCCGGCUCAGUAGGUCCUGGGUUCCUCCUGAUCCACAACAAUUCCCGACCUAUUGUGGCAAGAGUAUGCAGACAGUAUCUGGAGGAUGAAGGAAUUGACACAAUUGAAUGGCCCUCACAAUCACCUGAUCUAAACCCGAUAGAACACCUCUGGGACAUAAUGUUUCGGUCCAUCAUACGCCGCCAGGUUGCUCCUCAGACUUUACAGGAGCUCAUAGAUGCCCUAAGAGGCAUCAAGGCUUAAACAGAUCUGGGAGGACAUCUCACAAGACACCAUCUGUCGUCUCAUUAGGAGCAUGCCGCGAUGUUGUCAAGCAUGCAUACAAGCUCGUGGAGCCACACAAGAUAUUAAAAAGAAUUUUGAGUUGCAAAAAUUGAAUUUAGGCAAAAUGGCUGCCAUAUCAUUUUUGGGGUAUGUAGUAUGUAUAUGCUGAGCCGUCUGUAGGCUGAAAACCUUUAUUACAAUCCAAAGAUGUGGCAUCCUUUUGUUCCUGGGACAUUAAACUGUCCAUAUCAGUAUAGAUACCCCCCCCCCCCCCCCCGCCAAACAUGUUCACCAUUGAAAUCUGAUGUGUUUUCAAAGUGUUCCUUUAGUUUUUUUGAGCAGUGUAUACAUGUUACAUUUUUGGGUUUUUUUGGGUGGUUGCGGCGCCGCCCUCCCCAACUGGCGCCCUAGGCAAUGGCCUAGUGUGCCUAGUGCAGUGCUUCUCAAUUAUUUUCUGUUACGCCCCCCCCUAGCAAGAAGAAAACUAUUCGCGCCCCCCCUCCCCACCGUGACUAUCCUAACUUGUCUUGUAAGUCGUAAAAUGUUGCACUGUCGCAAACGUGACAGAAGUAACAAUGAGAGCGCCACUGCCCCCUGCUGUAGUAAAGGCGCAAUUAGACUUUAUUCUAGUACUGCCAAAAAAAAGCCUGUUCCCCAGGGUCACACGCCCCCCCCAGGCAUAGCACUGCGCCCCCCAAGGGGGGCGCGCCCCACUAUUUGAGAAGCACUGGCCUAGUGGGAGGGCCGCCCUUGUGUCCUCCUUUGAGAAUAAUAGUAUAGAUCUGUUAAAAAAAAAAGGAUUUUAAUUUCAAAUCAAAGCAGAAACUAAUAUUAUGAUUGAUGAUAUUGUGAUUUACUACCCGCCUUAAAAAAAACAAUUACACCUUAUAAAAUAAAUGUUCAUUUUUAUCCAAAAUGCCAUGCCCAAAAUUCUAAAAAAAAAUCCUAACUAUCGCCACUAGAUGUCACAAUUAGUUACUGAAUCUGCAUAGUUCCCAACCUUUUAUGACUUGUGUCUUUACUUCCAAAGAGAAGGCCCUUCAGAUGGUUGCAGAAACAAAAAAAACACUUUUGCACCAAUACGCAACAUUUCAUAUUUAAAAAGUAGAGCUGAAAUAGGACACAUAGAGUUGAUGACACGCAAACUAGCGUUUAUUGUGAGUGACUAAGAUGAGGUGACCUGACACAAUGUUUCAUGACGAUGACUGCCUGUCGUCAAUUUCACAGCGUGUGCGUGCCUUCUGCAGGUUCUACUGUCCACCAGGCUGUGCCAAACACUUUGUCUUUGGAACAUUGGUCUACUCUGAGAGCUCGCACAUUUGCGCCGCCGCCAUUCACGCUGGAGUCAUUCAGAAUAACAUUGGAGGAGAUUGCAUUGUGAUGCGAGCUCCCAAACAGCAAGUCUACACGGGCUCCGCUGGGAACGGGAUCAGCUCCAGACAUUUGGACGACCCACUGGGUGAUUCUUAUACGUUUGCAGAUGGGGAGUCCAGAUGCUCGGCACCUGACUGGGAGGAGUUUGCGGGAUUCUGCUACAAACCUUUUGACGACGAAAGGAACUGGGCUGAUGCUCAACAAGUCUGCAGUGGUUUUGGUGCCGAACUGGUGUCCAUCCGCACCGAGGUCGAGCAGGCGUGGGUGAAAAAUGCCUCCAACUUUGAAACCAGCGACAUGUGGACCGGACUGAACGACCUGGCGCUUCCCGGCAUCUUCGUGUGGUCGGACCGCCACAAGGUGACCUUCACCCACUGGGUCGCAGGAGAACCAAACCAGCGAGUUGGCCUCGGCAAGCACUGCGUGGCUCUCUUACGGCAGACUGGAAAAUGGAAGCUAAUGUCUUGCGCCCAAGUCAACAGCUUCAUGUGCAAGAUGCCCACAGUGCACUUUCCAAUGACCUCCUUGAAGCCACAGGUGGCGCAGUAGAGUCCACCUUGGUGACAGCCUCGCUGUGUCAGUUCCAGAUGGCGACCCCCGUGGGUACAAAGCGGUACAGAAAACGGAUGGAUCUGCAUGUAUAACAGUAACAAGAUGGAUUUUUGUUCCCACGACAGCUAGUUAAAAAAAAAAAAAAGAGAAUAAUUCUAUACAAACUCUAUAAGUCGUACUGAAGUUCUUUAACUUCUUCCUACUCCUUUUCGAGCUGUCCUAAUUGUUGUUGUUUAAGUUAUUUACGACUUGCUUGGGACAUUUUGUUACUGUCCUGUUUUCUUUUUCCUUUUAUAUUUUACUGAUAUCUUUUUCUGUUUUUAAGCUCGAAAUAAAAUUGAUCAAUAAA